GAAGAGUUGUCAACGAAAUGGACAGUAAAAGGGUGCAUACCUCAAGUGCAUCGUCUUGGGAUGUGGUUAGGACAUGGGUGGAUAACAUGAAUGGGACUGUUAAUAUUAAAAGAGUUACGAAUGAAAGAACAAUAGUGCGCAAAGGCCAUUCUUCAAAUAGAACCGAUUAUGUUGCGUUACUCGAGGAUGGAAAGUCAGAGAGCCUCGAGGUGGAAAAGUUGGACACCGAGCAGCAUGCAACCAUGGAAACGCGGGAUUUUGUAUAUGGUCUUUUAAACCCCUCCAUGAGACGCACGCGAGAAGGGCACCACCGUAACGAGCACAAACGGAUCUGCAGACACAAAAGAGGGACUGUAAGCCGUCGGAGAAGAAAUGUGAAGGAUGGCAGUAAGAAAGAUAACAAAAUAAGUGACCCAACCAUGCUGUCAGAUGCGUCUUUGGAUGCACUGUUGGCCAUGUGGAAACCGCUGCCUGAACCUAUGGCCCAGAACCAGUCAACAGACUUGCCAUUUGAUGCCAGUGAUUAUGAACAGUUCACUUUACCAGACCUCCAGGAUGAUACCACACGGAUUCCUCUCAAUCCUCAAACAAAGAGAAAAUAUGUAAAAACUAACUUUUACCCCAUAACAGCAGAAUCAUAUGCCAUCAUGAUCAUUUCAGUCAUCAUUUUUACUGUUGGAAUAAUUGGGAAUAUGGCAAUCAUGUGCAUUGUGUGCCACAACUACUACAUGAGAAGUAUUUCAAAUUCUCUUCUUGCCAAUCUCGCCCUUUGGGAUUUUGUUGUCAUCUUUUUCUGCCUGCCGCUGGUGAUAUUCCAUGAACUAACCAAGAACUGGUUGUUGGGGGAGUUCUCCUGUAAAAUCAUCCCCUAUAUUGAGGUCGCCUCCCUAGGGGUUACCACCUUUACCCUGUGCGCUUUGUGCAUCGACCGCUUCCGCGCUGCGAACAACGUCCAGAUGUACUAUGAGAUGAUUGAGAACUGUGCCUCCACGGCCGCCAAGCUGGCCGUUAUCUGGAUCGGGGCUCUCCUAUUGGCCCUGCCAGAGCUCCUGAUCCGCCAGCUGGUCACUGAAGAUGGCGAGCCUCCGGAUGUGACGCCCUGCCAGCGCUGCGUGGUUCGUAUCUCCACCGAGCUCCCUGACACGCUCUACAUGCUGGGCCUGACCUAUGAUGGUGCUCGCCUCUGGUGGUACUUUGGCUGCUACUUCUGCCUACCCACGCUGUUCACCAUUGGCAGCUCCCUGGUGACCGCCUGUAAGAUCCGGCAGGCUGAGCGGGCCUGUGUGCGCGGCAACAAGAAACAGAUCCAUCAGGAGAGCCAGAUGAACUGCACAGUUGUGGCUUUGGCCAUCCUCUAUGGCUUCUGCAUCAUCCCAGAGAACAUCUGCAACAUCGUCACUGUCUACAUGGCGGCGGGUAUUCCCAGACGGACCCUGGACAUUCUCCAUCUGGUCAGCCAGCUGCUGUUGUUCUGUAAAUCGGCAGUGACACCUGUCCUGCUGUUCUGCCUGUGCCAGCCCUUCAGCCGGGCCUUCCUGGACUGCUGCUGCUGCUGCUGUGACGAGUGUGGCCCGCCCAGAUCUUCCACCUCCGCCACUACCAGUGAGGAGAACGAGCACGAGUGCACCACCACCGACCUGGAGCUGUCGCCCUUCAGCACCGUCCACAGGGAGGCAUCCUCCUCCUACACCACUGCGGCGACCCACUGCUAA